GAUGCUCAGUUUGAGGUCUUGGGCAGCCCAUUUUCUCUUCUUUCCGCAUCCAUCUCUGCUUCGCAGAACCUUUAUACUCGCAAAGGCUCGCUAGUUGGCUUCCACGGCAAUGCUGAGAGUACCGUAUCCUCGCUGUCCGUCCUCGAACCUUUCCGUCGCGCCGCCUUCGGCAUUCCUUUCCUCUACCAAAAAGUCACUUCGACUGCUCCCUAUACCGCCCUGAUCUCGACCAAGUCUCCUCUCACCACAUUUUCCGUCAUUCACCUUGAUGGUCGCCUUGACUGGAUGAUCGCCCAAAGGAAUGCUCUACUUGCUUGGACUGGUCACACUCUUUCCAUCAAACCUCAGAUCAACACUUCCAUGAGCCUUGCACACUGGGGAAGCUCUCGCGUCACUGGCCGCGGACUCCUCUGUCUGUCGGGUAAAGGUCAAAUUUACCAGCUCGCUCUUAAGUCUGGCGAGGAGUACAUUGUUCACCCCAGCAAUGUCAUUGCGUAUAGCAUUAUGCAACACGCUCCUCAGCCAUACCGCUUCAGAUCUUCAAACUUGCGCUUGCAAAUUCCGAACGCCUUCUCAUACCUACCUGACACCAGGUUCUUCAAGGUCGUUCGCCAAUCAACCGUCUGGCGCGUCCUGGCCAACGUCUUGUUCAACAUUCGCACCUGGGCUCGCCGCUCAAUAUGGGGCGACAGAAUGUUCCUCCGCUUCCAGGGACCUGCCAACAUCCUUGUGCAAAGUAGAGGCGCCAAACUGACUGACGCCUUUACUGCUCGUGAUGUUAACGAAGCUGGUGAUGCUCCUGCAGGUGUGCUCCAGGCUGGAAAACCUGCCACACCCACACUGACCGACACAUCUCCUUCAACUCCUGUUGCUCCGACUAAGCUCAGCUACGCAACAGUAGAAAGCGAUGGCAAGGUCACCAUCACUAAAUCAUAA